AUGGCACCAAGAACCAAGGCAGAUCGCUUGGGUCGGGCCUCUACCAUGGAGAGUUUGCAUAACGACAACGCUGCCGCUACAUCUACCAAUGCAGCCACGCGACUUCAAGAUGGCAGCACGGAAGCACAGGGCAGACAACUGAAAGAUAACAGCACGGCUUCAAAAGAUCAUCCUCCUUCUUAUACUCGUCAUGACUCAAUAGAACUACAACUGACGUCUUCCCUACAAUCCUUUUCAAAGAACCCCACGAAGCAGCCACCCCCACCAGUAGCACACAUAUCAACCCAUCAGUCCCUAACACGUAGACUAACAGGCAGAUUAUCAUUAACUGGCACCCGCAGUCACUUUGAUUCACCCAUAUCACCCAGUGAUCUUUCUGGUUUGCACGACCCCAAGUCAUUGAAACACUUGUACGAUCUAGGCGGAGUCGAUCGAUUAUUGUCUUUGUUGAAAACAUCGCCAAAGGGGCUCGACGAGCACAAUGAAGCUGAUUUGGAAGCCCGACGUCACGAUUUCGGUGUAAAUAAACUACCACAAAGGACAUCAAAGAGCUUUUUGCAACUUUGUUGGGAAGCAAUGAAGGAUAAAGUGUUGAUUAUUUUGUCUAUUGCCGCGGUUGUGUCCUUGGCUUUAGGGUUGUACGAAACGUUUGGUAGUGGUACACACUACGACGAUGAAGGUAAACCUUUACCCAAAGUUGAUUGGGUUGAAGGUGUGGCUAUUUUGGUGGCUAUUGCUAUAGUUGUCUUGGUUGGAGCAGCCAAUGAUUACCAAAAGGAACGACAGUUUGCUCGUUUGAAUGCUAAAAAGGAAGACCGUGAAUUGAUCGUGGUGCGGAAUGGUGAAAAGAAGUUGGUGUCAAUUUAUGAUUUGUUAGUUGGCGAUGUCAUCAAUUUACAGACCGGUGAUGUUGUCCCUGCAGAUUCAAUCUUGUUUCAGGGUGAUGUUGAGUGUGAUGAAAGUGCGCUUACCGGUGAAUCCGAACCAGUUAGAAAAGUACCAGUGGAUGAUGCAAUGCAAGUGUAUGAGCUGCAUUUACCUACUGAUGAGGAUAUUGGCAGCAGGACGAUAAAAUUUCAAGAUCCUUAUUUAAUUUCAGGAGCUAGAGUCUUGGCUGGAUUGGGUAAUGCGUUUGUUACUGCAGUUGGACCAAACUCAAUCCACGGAAGAACAAUGGCAAGUCUACAACAUAAACCAGAAUCAACUCCUAUGCAAGAAAGAUUGGACAAUUUAGCUGAAGGAAUUUCAAAGUAUGGAUUCCUCGCAGCCAUAGUCUUGUUCAUUGUGUUGCUCAUUAGAUUCGGUGUUGACUUGGCUCCAGGAGGGUCAUUCCAUAACUUGAACCCGACUGAUAAAGGACGGAAGUUUAUUGAUAUUGUUAUUACGGCAGUCACUAUUGUCGUUGUUGCUAUACCUGAAGGUUUGCCACUUGCAGUCACUUUGGCUUUGGCAUUCGCCACUACAAGAAUGGCUCAAAAUGGUAACUUGGUUCGAGUUUUGAAAAGUUGUGAAACCAUGGGUAGCGCAACUGCCAUUUGUUCUGACAAGACUGGUACUUUAACUGAAAAUAAGAUGAGAGUUGUGCGAGGCUUUUUUGGCUUGAACCAAGAUGGUCAAGUUUUGGAGUUUGAUAACACAGCAGCUAAUGAGUACGAGCCUACUUCAGUUGAUGUCGCAAGGGAAAUCACUCCCGAAUUGAGAACUUUCCUUGCUACUAACAUCAUCCUCAACUCAACUGCAUUUGAAAACAGUGACUACAAUGAGGAUCUAGUCAAUGCUGCUAAAAACAGACCAAAAUCAAAAAGCUUUCUCCAGAAACUCUUUUCCAAAUCUGAACUGGCUUCUCAAGUAGAGAAGGAUAUUCUUUCUGCUGAGCCAUAUUUGGGAAAUAAGACAGAGUCGGCAUUAUUAAUCCUUGCCGACAAGACUUUCGGAGCAUUUGCAAACAAAAGACUCGAUGAAGUUCGAAGUGAAGGAGGGAAAGAUGCUGAACAAAUGAUUCCUUUCGAAAGUUCCAGAAAGUGGUCUGGGGUAGUAAUGAAGAUUGAGAAUGGAUUCCGUGUGUACAUCAAGGGAGCUGCUGAAAUUGUUUUCAAAAACUGUGGAUAUGAACUGAAUGUAGAUGGCGAUUUGAUAAAGUUGGAUAGAACGAAACGGGAUGAUGUCUUGACCAAAAUUGACGAGUAUGCCAGUGACGCCUUACGUGCUAUUGCAUUAGCACAUAGAGAUUUUGUUGGUAUUACAUCUUGGCCACCAGAGGAAUUGAAAAACCUGGAAAAUCCACAUGAGGUUGAUACUGAAGCGUUGGUAAAUGUUAAUGCUAGUGCCAGUGAGAUCAACAAGCAAUUUGUUUUGGACGCAUUGGUUGGUAUUCAAGAUCCGUUGAAACCAGGCGUCGGUGAGGCUGUGUUGCAAUGUCAACAUGCCGGGGUUACUGUUCGUAUGGUUACGGGAGACAACUUGAACACGGCAAAGGCCAUCUCCAAAGAAUGUAACAUUCUAACACCAGAUGACUUGGACAAUGAAUAUGCAUUUAUGGAAGGGCCCAAGUUUCGGAAAUUGUCACCAGCAGAACGCCGGAGAAUUGUACCCAAAUUGCGAGUAUUGGCACGAUCAUCACCAGAAGACAAGCGUAUACUUGUUGAUACGUUGCGGAAAAGUGGUGAAGUUGUUGCUGUCACUGGGGAUGGUACUAACGAUGCGCCAGCUUUGAAAUUAGCUGAUGUUGGGUUUUCCAUGGGUAUUGCCGGUACCGAAGUUGCUCGUGAAGCCUCCGACAUUAUAUUGAUGACGGAUGAUUUUACUGAUAUUGUUCAAGCUAUUAAAUGGGGUCGUACUGUUGCUACAUCUAUCAAGAAGUUUAUUCAGUUCCAGUUGACGGUGAACAUCACUGCCUGUGUGUUGACAUUCGUCUCUGCUGUUGCCUCGAGGGAAAAUAAAUCUGUAUUGACGGCAGUUCAAUUAUUAUGGGUCAAUUUGAUCAUGGACACUUUGGCAGCAUUGGCUUUAGCUACUGAUAAGCCCGAUGACUCAUUUUUGAACCGGAAACCAGCCGGUAGGCAUGCUCCAUUGAUCUCAACAUCAAUGUGGAAGAUGAUUUUGGGUCAGUCGGCUACUCAAUUGAUUAUUACCUUUGUAUUGCACUUUGCCGGGAAGCAGUUGUUCCACCCGGGACGCUCACAUAUUUCCAACCAUCAACAGGAACAAUUGGAUGCGUUGACGUUCAAUACGUUUGUUUGGUUGCAAUUUUGGAAAUUGAUUGUUACUCGUAAAUUGGAUGAGGCGGAUGAAAUCACAACUGUACGGGGAAGAAUCACGAUGGAGAAUUUGAAUUUUUUCCAACACUUGUUCCGUAAUUGGUAUUUUAUCGCCAUCGCCUUGAUUAUAGGUGGGUUCCAGGUGUUGAUUAUGUUUGUUGGUGGUGCUGCAUUCAGUAUAGUGAGACAAACUCCAGGACAGUGGGCCACGGCUAUCUUGUGUGGGUUUAUCAGUAUACCCGUGGGAAUUGUGAUUCGUAUUGUGCCUAACGUAUGGGUUGAACGUGUAUUCCCUACUAGGGCGUUCAAUUUGUUUAUCUAUUAUGUUGGAUUUGGGUGGCUCAAGAAAAAGAAGAAGAGCAAGCACGAAGAAGACGAGGAGAAUGUUGGAGGAACUGGAGAGAAUGGUGUGAAUGGCGGUGUCGCUGGUGGAGCUGAAUCCAGAGCUGGAGAUAACACUAAGCUGGUCAAUUCGAGUACUUCGGACAAAACAAAGAUGUAA